UCACCUACCAGUUUAAUAAAGCAAUGAGGCUGGAAGAAUCAAACUUUCGAUUUUUCUCGAUAGAUGCCGUAGUUUCGUGGGAACCACGACGUUGGGGUGUUUGUUAAUUUUUCGUAUUUUUCUCAGAUUUCGCACGUCUUGAUAACGGAAGACGGAUCCAACGGGGCCAGUUCGCUCCACGAGCCCUACGAUUGAUACCCGUCGAUAGAGCGGUUACUGCGCAAAUAUAAAAAUGGCAGUGUUAACAGGUAACUUGACGUCUCGACGGAAUGAUGAUCAAUAACAGGACGGAAAACGUUUAUUGUGUUUACGAACGCGGACAAUAAAAACCCCCGAGCUUAUAAUGAUAAUAUGCGGAGUGCUUUCGUUUUUUUGAUUUCUACCUACCUGAUGGAACAGUAUAAUGCACAGAUACAUUGCAAAGACAUCCACCAGCACAUAGUGUCCCAGGGUUUACAUUAUAUACCGGGAACUAAUCCAUGCACACUUUGUGUUUGUGAUAAGGGCAGCCCAAAAUGGUGCAAGUCCGUGCUGUGUGCACCACCUCAAAAUUGUAAGUCGUUUCAAAUGGGCACAUUAUGUUGCGAAUUCAAAUGCUUGGACGACUUACUAACAGCUCACGACGACACUUACGACGUUGCUUUGCGAUUCAUAGCAAGCGCUGUGACAGCAAUACUUUCAUUAUCAUUACUGUUCUUCCUGUUUCACCGAUUGAAGCGACGGAAAGGCAACACACAUCCGACGCAGCAGCUAAAUGAUGACCAAAGAAGUUUAAAUAGUAUAGGUUACAUAGCGGGUAGCUUAGGAUAUUUGCCGGACGGUAUUGGAUAUUUGGGGUCUGGAAGUAAUGAUAUUGAGUAUCAUUAUGAGGAAUCUAGUCCGCAAUACUGUCUGUGGAAGCCUCCGAGUAAUUAUUUUCCACAAGGCGAGGCACCGCCGCCAUACGAAGAAGCUGUGAGGAGCGCUCAACUAGAAAAUGAUAUAAACUCUCAGCUGCGGUUAGCCAAUGCUUUUUCGAUGCCGUCGCGAUCUCCGGUUCCGGCCCGCGUAGAAAGUUCGACGCAAGCUACAAAUACGUGUAGACACGUGUGUGAUACAUCGGAUCGUAGGCAGUACGCGAAUCUAAUUACGGAAGACGUAACGGUUCACGAGAAUCGGAAAUCGGAUGAAAAUCGAAAUAAAAUAACCAAAUCGCAUAACCGAGAAAAAAAUAUUUACGAGAAUAUACCGUUAAGUACAAAACCGAGCGUCGUACCAAAGAGAGAUCGGGCCACCAGUUCGGAUGCCAAUAGAAACGCGAGAGGUCAAAAACCAAUCGUAGAAACAACCCAGGAAUAUUUAAAUUUAGAUAAACCAAUUGUUAAAAUCGGCCGAUACGAUGUAAUCGUUGAAAAUACGAGGAGGAUUGCGAAACCGACAAACCAACAAGAACCUAGCUCAAGCAAAACCGCCGAAAACAUUAACCAAGAUGGUAACUAUACGGUUUUUAAUGUACCUGAACGAUUUAACGCCAUGAAAUCACGAAACGGAGAGUGUCCACCCACACAAAGUCUCUCAAACUCAAAAUCAUUGAACAGAGAAUUAUCAAAAUUGAAGGCCGAACGAUCCGAACAUAAUCUUCGCAGUCUGAUUAAACUGGACAAAGACGUUCCGUCGCAUCGAACGCUCCCAAAAAACCUUCGCGAAUUACUCGCGAAUGCCGAGUGUUUCACUGCCAUAAGCAAUGCCAACAAAGAUGACUCCAGUGCAAAAAAAUAUCAACCUGUUAGAUUACAAAAUUUUGAAAAUCCGUCUACAUCGCGAACGGCAACGGUUGUUGAAGCUACCAACAGUUUGGAGAAUCUGGACAUUAUCCAUCCCGCGCCACCAAAUUUCGCCUCUCCAGUCCACGAUACGAAACGUAAAAAAGACGAUGAACUUAGCUUGAUAUCAUACCGAUGCUUAUCUUCAUCGCCUGAUGACGAAGACUAUCGUAGCGAGUGCGAAAAUUGUAAAUCAGCUGGUUUUACUAUUCCAGAUGACGAAGAAGCUGAUGUUCUCAAUGAAACUAUGACGUUACAAAGACGACCAUUGGAAACUACCGGAGAAGAUGUCUCGUAUUACAGAACAUCUCUUACACUGCCAACUAAUACAAAAAAUCCAAGGAAAACAAGGAUAACAAAUUCAAACAGAGAAAAUUGGUUUACAUCGAUGAGGGAAACAUCUAGCAGUGAAGAAGCAGACUGAAAUGAGUGAAGAAGAAGAUACAAAUCUUUAAUCAAAUACGUUACUAUAUAUUUCCAAAUCAGUGACUGUUUGUCGUGAUCGUCAAUGCAUACUUGUUUCAGUAUCCUAAUUACGGUUUCUUUGAUGUUGGAGGAGAAAAAAAAACGAAAGUUGUGAUAAUAAAGUAAUCUCUAAUUUAGCGUCUCGAAUACUCCGAAGAAGAUUUAUAUUUCGUUUUCUUUUUUUUAGAUAUUUUAUGGAUACUGUUUAUAUUUUAAAGAUUUAGUUUUGUGAUAUC